UUACCGAUCCACCAAUUCUUCGAUCCUCCGAUAUUAUAUCGCUUUGUUUUUUUUUUUCACCUGAAUUUAAAAUUUUUAAUUUCGGUUUCGAUCUUCAAAUUUUUUUUUCCAUAUUCUUAGUGUUCAGUAUUUGUUAGUUUUCGUACAGCAAUAUAAAACGCUACAAUCAAUUGUCCGUUAAAUAAAAUUCAUUGGUUUGAAUUUAUCUGUGAUAGCAAUAAAGCGGUUUUUAAUUCAAGAAUUCAACGUAGUAGAAAAAAAUUGGAUUUAAGCCCAUUAAGAGAUUUUCAAGUGUUCAUUCUUUAAACGCAAUAUUUUCUUCUACAAAAUGUAUAUUACUCGAGUAUUGUUUGCCAUAUGCAUGUCAUUGGUGUUGGUCAGCGGCCAGUUUCUUGCUACAUUUGAUAAUUCAUAUAAUCGAUUUGGAUACGAUUCGUUGAGCGACGACUUUAACGGAAAUUCACUUACUGCUGGUUCGGGUUCAUUUGGUGGUUUCAGCGGUUUGGCGAGCAUACGUGAUCCACGACAAAAUAGAGGUCCAGUACAAUUUCCCUCACCACCAGCUGAUGGGCCACAAGAGUCAUCGGGUGUGAUUGUUGGCGCAUCUGGCUAUGGAUUUGUGCCACCAAAUAACCAACAAAACCGUUUAAUUGCGCCGACACAGAAUCGCUUCAACAAUCGCUAUUUCAACCAAUUCAGGUUCUUCUAAGUCACACACGAAGACACAAGAACAACGUGCAACAAACGAUCCACAUAAAAUGAAACACGUCGCAAACAUCAAUACAAAGAAACUAAGUUACCGAAGCUUUGACUUUACACAGUUCCCAUCCAAUGAAAACUCGGAUCGACCAGGAUAAAAGAGUAUUUCUACAUUAUUAUUUAUGUAUAGUGAAAUGAUUAGAGAUGUAAAUUGAAUGUUUUUAAGAUCCGCAAACUCCGAAAAAUCCAAUUCACAAAAUUCCAAACAAUAAACAUAGACAGGCAUAUAUACAUAUAAUAAUGAUUAGAUAACAAAAUAAUUUAUAAUUUUUAUCUAUGAUUUAAGUAUUUUUAGCAUUAGUUCUUUUUUUCUUUUGAUAAAUCUAUUAUUUAUUGUGCAAAGAAUAAAAACAAAACACCCAAAACAA